AUGUCUCUUUAUGCAGAUAUUCGGACCAAUGCCACCGACUCCAAAAAGACAUCGACUCCAGGUGAAUGCCUUUCGGUGGUAAAAACAAGUCAAGAAAUGUUUACUGUCUGGGAAGGGGAAAUGUCAGAAAUUUCCUUCUACGUCAAUAACAUCAAGAAGGAUAAAAAUAUUACCCUGGACAUCUCUAAGAAUGGACAGGAUAAAGACGAAUUUAGCUCGUGCAGUCUUGUUUUGGGACAGACCUUCUGUAUUUCACACCAUCUGUCGUGCAAAUGCUCCACAAAUCUUAUCGAAGGUCAGGUCGAAUACGUAUUUAGGAAGAAGUUUCGAGCACAAGACAGCGGCGAAUGGGUCUUUGAUGUUUGCAGUACAAAGGUCAACACUUCCAUGACUGUCAAUGUCCAAGCUUCGAGGACGAAACACAUUUUAGUAAAUGGAGGUCGUCAAAACCUGACUCUUAAGUUUAACAAAUCAUUUAACCUCCAGUUCUCUUUCCCCGACCCCAUGGAAGACAAUGAAGGCAUCAUCCUCGUUCAGCAUCGCCCUGUGGAUACUGCUGUGUUUGGGAGGAGAUGUGUCAUCGUGAGGUCUCCGAAAAACUGCUCGAGCUCGAUGGAACUGUGUCGGUGCCUGGGGCCACCUUUCGGCAUGUACAUCCUCCGUAAGGUCAUCACCAAGGAAGAUUCUGGAACCUGGCUUAUAAAUCUGUUGAAUGCACAUCACGAACGUGAAGAGACUUUGUAUAUUACUGUGGAAGGUAUUUCAUGAUUGGUGAACAUAUUGUGGUUGUGAAUAUGUAUUUCAUUUUGACUUAUUUGUGUAUAUCGUAUACAUUAUUGUUUUUAUGAUUCGGCUUUUCGCCGGUUAACCUUUUUCCAUAAUAAAAAAAAUCGCACUCAUUCCGACACUUAAAAGUUCGAUAGAAAUGUUGAAUAUAUCUUAACAAGCAGAGAUAACUUCAUUCUCGUACCUUCGUCGGGCAAAAUAUUUCUCUUCAGCGCUGGCUUGAUUACAAAGUCUUUUUUUUUUUUAAACACCAUCUAAAAAAGCAGCUGCUCAAGAAGAGGAUCUGAAAACAUAUUUUAUGUUUUCUUUCCUUUUCAGUAAGUAUGCACUAUUUUGACAAUAACUAAUACAUUUUUUACAUGAGUUAUUUCAGAAUUGCAUUUUUAUUAAGGAGUUUAUCUGGGUUAUAGUUAUAAAUGAUGCUCACCAAAUAUACCUUUUAAACUACUAUUGGCUAGGUUAUCUGAUAAAGAAAAAUUGCAAGUGAUUUUACAUUUCAGUUAGGUUUUUUUCAGAAGAGAGCUAACCACGAGAGACAAUUCAAACUGAUGAUUUAAAAGCAGAACAUCACUGCCGGCAACCAUCAUCAUCAUUGUCACCAUAACAAUUGUUAUUUUAGAAUUCCUAAUCAUAUGGUGUUGACCCAGGUUCCCUUUGGAACAGUUUUGCGCGUCCCCAUGACAACAGAAGGUACGAGUUUUGUUUAACAGAAAACGUUUUAACUGUCACUGCUACUCCCAUUGGUUUUAAUGAACAAUAUAAACAGAGGAAAAAAUUACUGUCUUAUUUGUAUUGUUAAUAUUAGCUCAUUUUUCCGA